AUGGCGGGACGGACCGCGAUGCGAACCCCUGAACCGCCCGACCGUGACGACGAACGCGAAGAUUCACCGCCACGAUUGCCGAGGCCGAGACGCACUACCCGACCACCCAAUAAUCAUGCUCGGGAUCAAGAGAUCGACAACCAGCAGAGAACAACACGGUCCCAACUGAGAAAGAAAACCCAAGACAAGCCAGUAACCCAACGUGAAGCGGUCACUUCGGACGACUCCGCGACGGAGAGCGAAGACCUCAACGCCGCCACACUCGUGAAGGAGCUCAUUAAACUCAGGCGAGAGAUCAGGCGACGCGAUGAAUUGCACAAGAAAGAGCUUCAGAAGGUUAAAGAAGAAUUUAGCGUUGCCCUGGCCGAAGUCCGACACGAGCUACAGACCCUGACAGAUAGACCCUCGACACCGCAAUCCCAUGCCGAGGCAUGCGCUCAGAACAGCCACGAUGAGAUCCUCCGCGAGAUUCAAUCCCUGCGCGAUGCCAUCAGCCCGUCCGUUGACAUUGGCUCCCCGUCCUAUGCAGAUGUCGCCCGCACUCCUCCACUCAGUCACCCGAGCAACGUACGGACGCUCUCGACGUCGAAUACAACACCGACCACUUUUACCGACACGUUGUAUUGCACAAUAGAUACCUCGAAGAUGACAGAAAAUGAAAAUGAGAGGAUUUCCGCAGGCCCAAUCCGGACGGCGGUUGAGACAGAGAUUCGGACGAUGGAAGGCCACACGCACUGGCGCUGUCGCGCUGUCACCGUGGACCCGAAGAACAUCAACCGAAUCAGAAUAGCGUGCCGCGACGAAGAUGAACACCAGCUGGUCAAGAAAGUGGCGGAAGCAAAGAUCGGCGCGGGAGCCCGGGUACUCCGUGACGAGCUCUACCCGAUCAAAGUUGACAGCGUCAAUAAGGCCGCCGUGCUAGAUGAAAAAGAUGAGAUCCGAGCCGAAGCCGCGGCAGCCUUCAGCGAAGAGAAUGAAGUUACCGUGGCUAAGAUCGCAUGGCUUAGCAGAAAGGAUAGUGCGAAGGCAUAA